GCCAGUCUCCUCCCUCCUAGGGUCUGGUCUUGACGAUAGCAUCUCGUGUUUUGGGGAUGCCUUUCCUUACCAGAUUCUUCUAAAGCCCAGCUGCACCCACCCUUAAGUGGGAGAUAAGGCUUCUGCCCGCGGGCUCUGCGUUCUUCCACCCGGCCCCACCUUUGCUGUGGACUAAACAGGAGCCACUGGACUAGAGUACACUUGACUCUCGGCUCUGCUGACCAAAAAUUCCAGGACUAAGGAAUAGCAAGGUUAGGCUGAAAAAGUCCACACAGGGCUUGCGGUAAACGUCUUUUCAGGAGCCACUCGCCCAGUGCAGUAAGUCGUGUACUUAGUUGACUCGAGCGCUCCAGGGAGACGCCCGACCCUACUCUGCGCCGCCCCGGGGCACCAGCUCCGCUUCCCCCAGGUCCACUGAGGCAGGCACGCCCAGCUCUGGGACAGUCAGUAAACAAGCCACGAACCGCGCCAGGGAUCAGAGCACCCAGAGGCCCCGCCCAGCUGCCGGCACAGCCAAUCGCAGCGCAGCCAGGCGGCGGGGCGGUGCCGGCCGAACCCAGACCCGAGGUUUUAGAAGCAGAGUCAGGCGAAGCUGGGCCAGAACCGCGACCUCCGCAACCUUGAGUGGCAUCCGUGGAGUGCGCCUGCGCAGCUACGACCGCAGCAGGAAAGCGCCGCCGGCCAGGCCCAGCUGUGGCCGGACAGGGACUGGAAGAGAGGACGCGGUCGAGUAGGUGUGCACCAGCCCUGGCAACGAGAGCGUCUACCCCGAACUCUGCUGGCCUUGAGGUGGGGAAGCCGGGGAGGGCAGUUGAGGACCCCGCGGAGGCGCGUGACUGGUUGAGCGGGCAGGCCAGCCUCCGAGCCGGGUGGACACAGGUUUUAAAACAUGAAUCCUACACUCAUCCUUGCUGCCUUUUGCCUGGGAAUUGCCUCAGCUACUCUAACAUUUGAUCACAGUUUAGAGGCACAGUGGACCAAGUGGAAGGCGAUGCACAACAGAUUAUACGGCAUGAAUGAAGAAGGAUGGAGGAGAGCAGUGUGGGAGAAGAACAUGAAGAUGAUUGAACUGCACAAUCAGGAAUACAGGGAAGGGAAACACAGCUUCACAAUGGCCAUGAACGCCUUUGGAGACAUGACCAGUGAAGAAUUCAGGCAGGUGAUGAAUGGCUUUCAAAACCGUAAGCCCAGGAAGGGGAAAGUGUUCCAGGAACCUCUGUUUUAUGAGGCCCCCAGAUCUGUGGAUUGGAGAGAGAAAGGCUACGUGACUCCUGUGAAGAAUCAGGGUCAGUGUGGUUCUUGUUGGGCUUUUAGCGCUACUGGUGCUCUUGAAGGACAGAUGUUCCGGAAAACUGGGAGGCUUAUCUCACUGAGUGAGCAGAAUCUGGUAGACUGCUCUGGGCCUCAAGGCAAUGAGGGCUGCAAUGGUGGCCUAAUGGAUUAUGCCUUCCAGUAUGUUCAGGAUAAUGGAGGCCUGGACUCUGAGGAAUCCUAUCCAUAUGAGGCAACAGAAGAAUCCUGUAAGUACAAUCCCAAGUAUUCUGUUGCUAAUGACACCGGCUUUGUGGACAUCCCUAAGCAGGAGAAGGCCCUGAUGAAGGCAGUUGCAACUGUGGGGCCCAUUUCUGUUGCUAUUGAUGCAGGUCAUGAGUCCUUCCUGUUCUAUAAAGAAGGCAUUUAUUUUGAGCCAGACUGUAGCAGUGAAGACAUGGAUCAUGGUGUGCUGGUGGUUGGCUACGGAUUUGAAAGCACAGAAUCAGAUAACAAUAAAUAUUGGCUGGUGAAGAACAGCUGGGGUGAAGAAUGGGGCAUGGGUGGCUACGUAAAGAUGGCCAAAGACCGGAGAAACCAUUGUGGAAUUGCCUCAGCAGCCAGCUACCCCACUGUGUGAGCUGGUGGACGGUGAUGAGGAAGGACUUGACUGGGGAUGGCGCAUGCAUGGGAGGAAUUCAUCUUCAGUCUACCAGCCCCCGCUGUGUCGGAUACACACUCGAAUCAUUGAAGAUCCAAGUGUGAUUUGAAUUCUGUGAUAUUUUCACACUGGUAAAUGUUACCUCUAUUUUAAUUACUGCUAUAAAUAGGUUUAUAUUAUUGAUUCACUUACUGACUUUGCAUAUUCAUUUUUAAAAGGAUGUAUAAAUUUUUACCUGUUUAAAUAAAAUUUAAUUUCAAAUGUA